UGACUAAUGUUUUUUCUCUCUUUUUUAAUUAGUUUCAGAUUAUCAGGACUAAAAAAAAAAAAGAAAUAAAAGAUCUCAAUGUCCCAAGUGUGAAAUAGUGAUGAAAUAUCGAAAGAUAGUCAUUGAUGGACGAAAGUGUUUGUAUAGUGAUGUGUGAUUUAAUGAUGACAAGUUCGCCGCUCCUGUUACGCUGUGACCUGUGACGACCUGAGACCUGGACCUGUGCGCCCCUCUGGCACCUUGAACCAAGCCCCUACCACAUUCACCUGCGGGUCGGGUGAGGCGAGGUCAGGUCAUGGAUGUCGCAGGAGGCGGCUGUGUCUCAUCGUGCCAGAGCUCCCCGAGGAGACGGCGGAAGUCCACCUCGCCCUCAAGCCACCAAGAAUUCCACGCCCACGAUGCUUACGAGGGCGAGGACCCGCCGCCCACCUGGGUGUACAUGACGGUGUGGGUGGCCGGGGUACUUGUGUACGUCAACGGCCUCUCGGGGGACUUUGUGCACGAUGACGUCAGCGCCAUCAAGACCAACCCAGACGUGCUGGCGACGACGCCCCUCACGCACGUCUUCCUCAACGACUACUGGGGGAAGCCCAUGUCGGACCCCCUCUCGCACAAGUCGUACCGGCCGCUCACCAUCCUCACCUUCAGGUAA